AUGGCAUCCAUAUUCACAUACGAUCCUGACCCGCCCCGGGUUUCGUCACCGUGGUCAACCUCGGGGUCAUCGACUCCUCAAGUCAACGUGUCAGGGAACCGGGGUCUAGCCAUUCGGACCCGGUCCAGCUCAGCCUUAAACACAGGCAACCAUGACUUCUUGUCCGACUAUGGUAUCACCAAAUUGGAGCCUGAACCCCAAGAGGGCCCCACUGAGUACAAGUUGCACUUGUUACUCCGCCCGCGACGGCCCUAUCUGUCCAUGUCAACGGGCCAUGUCGUUGCAGGCUCAUACCAUUUCCGUAACAAUGUAGCUACGCCCUCUGCCUCUGCGUCUCCGUCCCAGGAUGCGGCUCCAAGGCCUAUGCAGGCUAAAUCAGCGCAGAGCCGGCAACAGCGGCUCCAGGGGCUGACAACGCAACUUCUUUGGCGGCUUCAGCAAUCUUCACCAUUUCAUUCUUCCACUACCGCUAAUUUGGUAGUCCCCGUACUUCCAGAUGCAGCGCUGCAAUUGGGCGUACCCGCCAAACCGGCUCGUUUACUUCCGGGCUUGGAAGAAAGCCAAGGUGCCCUGUACGAGAUUGGAGUUGCUGAUGAUGGCACGUUCGUAGGCCUGACACAGGAUGAACUCGAGGAAACUGUGAUAACUUUACAAACUAUGGCAGCGAGUCUGGGAUGUAAAGUUGAUAUACUUCGCCGGGUUAUUGUUGGGAAAUGCGAGUGGACAGAUGAUCUGGCAACGGCGGCACCAGACACAGACAAGACUCAUACAGAUAGUCUCUGGGUUGCAGAAGCUCUGGUUACACCAGACUUGGAUUUCUACAGUAUUUCAACGUCAAAGUCAAGACAGGGCGGUGAUGAUGCUCAAACUUCUGAAGAAGGAGAGAAAUCUGUUCCAGGAGAGGACUACUCUCACACCGAGCAAAUUCGAAUAUCUAUUGCUGGUCCUAGUACUGCAGGGAAGUCAUCUCUACUUGGUACUUUGACUUCUUCACAACUGGACAAUGGAAGAGGAAAGAGUCGACUUAGUCUACUCAAGCAUCGACACGAGAUAUCAUCGGGUAUUACUAGCUCUGUGGCACAAGAGUUGAUUGGAUAUACGGAUGAUGUACCUCCAAAUGUUGUCAACUAUGCCGCAGGCAAUGUAGCAGCAUGGGACGACAUCCACGCCACUUCCCGAGGAGGUCGCCUAGCUUUUGUAUCUGAUCUUCCAGGCUCGACUCGAUACAUGAAAUCCACAAUAAGAGGUCUUGUGAGCUGGGCACCGCACUAUGUGAUGCUUUGUAUCCCAGCCAACUGCGGUGAUGAGACGGUUGAAACGGAGAUAGCCAACGAGCAUACCGCUGAGAUUGACCUUUGCUUGGCAUACCUAGAGCUUUGUCUGAAACUCGAGAUUCCUGUCCUGGUCGUGAUUACAAAACUUGAUAUUGCCUCUCGAGGUGGACUGCGCGAGAAUCUUACAAAAGUUCUGUCUGCCUUGAAGACAGCAGACCGGAAACCUGCAAUGCUCCCUGCCGCGCCAGCCGGAGACAAGCUCCCAGAUCUACAACAGAUUAGUGAAGCGGAAAGCAAAUCUGUUCACGGCCUAAUACAAAAGACCGAUGGGGAUUGGAAUAAUACUGUGCCUAUUAUACUUUCCAGUGCGGUUGAUGGCUCGGGGAUAGGAAAAUUGCAUGCAUUCCUUCGCUUUCUUCCAAUAUCCUCAAUACCUCCUCAAAGAGUUCUGAAAAUGGGGAAAUCAAUACAGCCCCACGAAACUGCCACAAAUGUCUUCGACGUGGAUGAGGUCUUCGCUAUCCCACCAUCCAAAGUCUACUCAAUAUCCAACGAGAAAGCCACUCAGCAAAGCCGCGGAAUGGUUCUCUGUGGCUUAGUCCGCCAUGGAAGCAUUUCCAUCGGCGAUGAAAUGACAAUUGGACCCAUUCUUGUUGACACAUCAACAGAUAGCAGCAACGAAAACGCUCCACUAAGCAUGCUUUCCCGCAGCAGCGGACCCGGUCCUUCAAGUGACUUGCCCUCGUCAUUCCCACAGAGCACACUACCAGGAAGAGAUGGCUCGUCAACUCAAGCAAAAUGGCAGCGCGUCCGUGUAGUCAGCGUUCGCGAUCUCCGCCUGCCUGUUCGCGUCCUCAUGAAAGACCAAGUCGGCACCAUUGGAAUCGAGCUUCUUACUUCCCCAGACGAUAUCCAGCCUCCACGUCUUAGCCGCAUUCGCAAAGGCAUGGUUCUUACAAAUCUACACACAACCUCAUACCUUCCCAUCCGCAAAUCUUCUUCACAAACCAAUACUCAACAUAUGCCAUCCACACUCCCUCUCCCCUUCCACACAGGCUUCAUAGCCACAUUCCCUGCAUCCGAAUUCUCUGCUCUAAGCUCUCCGCCUCUCCUCCUAGGCGGGAAUGCUAUCGCUUACAUCGCCAAUAUCCGCACAACCGUCCGCGUCGUGUGUAUGGCCCUAGCCGGGAAAGAUAAUGACGCAAACUCAGAACCUCCUUCUCCCUCCGAGCCAGAAUUCUUCAGCUUUGACAGCGAUGCACAUUCACCUGGACGUGCCGAGAAAACUAAUACAGCUCAAGGAAUACGACGAUCAUCAGCAACUGAUAUUAGUAAAGUGCUUUCUGGUACAGCCAGUAAUGCAGUACAAGGGAAGACGGGGGCAUUUCAGGAGGAUGUCCAGAUUACCUUUGCACUUGUGACGUCUGUGGAAUGGAUUGAGCUUGGAUCACAGGUUCUUGUUAUGCCUGGUAUCUCAUCGGGGGCGUCUUCUGGUGCGGCAGUGGCGUCAGGACCUGGAUCUGGUGCCGCAACUUCGGGAAUUAUGGCGUUGUCCGGGUUGGAAGGGUUUGUGGGAACUGUUAGUGAAGUUAUUGUUGGGAGAAAUCAUGUGGAAUAA